AACCUCUGCAGCAGCGUUAGCUUCUCUUGAUCACUUGUACUGUACGAGUGAUCAAUUGCCUUACCGGUGGUCUGGCAGGGACCCAGCUCCACCCGCACCGCCAACCCCUUCAGUCACCUCCCAGCUAGUCUACAUAACUUACACUUGUACUCGAGUACUCGUGCAAGUGCCGUAGCUCAACCCGCCAGCCACGUGACCAACCUUAAACACCGUAAGCUCUCCCAUCGCGAACUCUAACCCAACCACACCCCCCGAUCCCGUCACCAGCUGCAAUACGAACCGGCCGCCGCACGCAGCCUCCUCAAUUCCUCCAACAAUGGUCCUCUCCUUCAUCCUGAUCCAAAACCGCCAGUUGGUUCCCCUUCACCCUCCCCGAAACCCGCGCUAACCCCCCACCCUCGCCCACUCUAGAGGCAAAACUCGCCUAGCAAAGUGGUACGCCCCAUACGACGUAUGCCCCCUCCACCCUCCGAUCGCCCCGCAUCCCUAUUAACGAGCGUAGGACGAUGAAAAAGUCAAACUGAAAGGCGAGGUCCACCGCCUCGUCGCCCCGCGCGACCAAAAGAACCAGAGCAAUUUCGUCGAGUUCCGCAACAACAAGAUCGUUUACCGCCGCUACGCUGGCCUCUUCUUCUGCGUGUGUGUUGACGCGAACGAUAACGAGCUCGCGUACCUGGAGGCCAUACAUUUCUUCGUGGAGGUCCUUGAUGCCUUUUUCGGGAACGUUUGCGAGUUGGAUCUUGUUUUCAAUUUUUAUAAGGUCUAUGCCAUACUCGACGAGGUCUUUCUGGCCGGCGAGAUUGAGGAGACGUCGAAGCAGGUUGUGCUUACGAGAUUGGAGCACCUGGAUAAGUUGGAGUAGGGAAUGGGGAAUGGGGGAUCUAUGUGAGUGGGAGGGGUUGGUGAAGGGCAGUGGGAAGUAGAAUGUACUCUCUUCGGGCCAACUUUUUUCUUCUUAUUCUCUUCAUUCCUACAAAGGCAAUAGAUGGAUUGGUGGAUGGGGUGAGCGGUGGGGGAUAUAGGUGUCACAGAUGUGCCAUAGAGGACGUAUAUUCGGUGAUGAUAUCCACUGCGGCACUUGCCGCCAGAAUACGGGCUCUCUAAUCUGUAAAAAAUAGAUCCUAGACUUCCACUUUCA